AUGUACACCAAGACCAUCUCUGCCGGCCUCAUGGCCCUCUUGGCAUCUGUUGUCACGGCCCAGACUCACACUUCCUGCAGCCCCAUCCUGAGGGAUGACUGCCCCAACCCCAAGGCUCUGGGCAAGACUGUCGAGAUCGACUUCACCAAGGGUGACGACAAGAGUGGCUUCUUCAAGAAGCUUGCUGGCACCGAGUACCAGGUGACCUCCAAGGGUGCCGAGUUCACCAUCUCCAAGACUGGCCAGGCUCCUACCCUCGUCUCCAACUCGUACAUCUUCGGAGGCAAGGUUGAGGUUAAGUUCCGUGCUGCUCCUGGUGCUGGUAUUGUCAGCUCAAUUGUGCUGCAGUCCGAUGACCUUGACGAGAUUGACUGGGAGCACGUCGGCAACGACCAGAUGCGUGUCCAGAGCAAUUACUUCUCGAAGGGCAACGAUACCGUCUAUGGCCGUGGCCAGUUCCACAACCUGCCCGCCAACGGCAUGGAAAACGCUCUGACCUACACCCUGGACUGGACCAAGGACCAGCUCCAGUGGAUUGUCAAUGGCAACGUCGUCCGCACCCUGAAGCGCUCAGAGACCACGGCUGGUGCCAACGGCUACCCCCAGACCCCCUGCCAGAUCCGCAUCGGCACCUGGGUUGGUGGCGCUGAGGGCGGCAACAAGGGAACCAUCGACUGGGCUGGCGGUCUUGCCGAUUUCUCCAAGGCUCCCUUCACGGCCAUCUACGAGUCGAUCAAGGUCACCGACUACUCAACUGGCGCCACCGAGUACCAGUACACCGACCGCUCGGGCAGCUGGGAGAGCAUCAAGGUGAUCAAGGGUGACGGCAAGAGCGACAGCGACAACAGCAAGGGCAGCAACAACACCUCGCCCUCCACCACCAAGUCUAGCAACGGUACCAACACUGGUGCCUCGACCAUGGCCACCUCUGCCACCCGCCCUCCCACCGCCAACACUACGAGCGGUAGCCCGACCAACGCCUCGGGCAGCACCCCUGCCUCGCAGACGAGCCCGGUCGCCACUGGUGCCGCCAUUGCCAACCUGCCCAACCUCGUCCUGGUUGGUGCCGCCGGUCUGGGUUACUUGAUGCUGUAA